AUGGGAAAUACGGAUGAUGAGGCAGAGGCCAGGGUUCCGGCACCCAGCGCCGAAGAUGUUCGUGCUUUUUCACAGGUGAAAGGACGUUUAGAUAGAAUCUGGACGAGGGUACAGCAAAUGUACGAUUUAAUUGGGAAACUUCCUUCCACUCUUAAUUCCUUUAUGAUUCGCUCUGAGAAGAUUGAACAAAUCGCUGAGGAAUAUGAGAAUUAUCUUUCGCAAUUAGAUGCGAUCGGUGCACGUCACCGGAAUUUAAGAAAGGAUACCAGUAGUUUAUCGAAAGCGUUCGAUGAUUUAUUUUAUAAAAUAGUAGAAGUUAGAGCAGCUCACAAAUCGACUUUUCAAGGCGUUGAAGGGAAAGAAAAGACUUCCAAGUCGACUAAAUCCUUACCAAACUAUAUGCCACAAAUUCAGUUACCACGGUUCAACGGUGAACUCGAAAGUUUUCCGGGAUUUAUUGCACUUUAUGAUAAGGUAAUUCAUACCAACCAGGAAUUGUCUGACAUAGAAAAAUUUGCUUUUUUGCUUUCUUAUUUAGAUGGAAGAGCCCUGGCUCUUGCACAAACAGUGGUUUUUGAUCCGAAUAACUACGAGACUGUUUAUGAUCUCCUUAAAAAUGAAUUCUCAAAUGUUAGAGUUGUAGCGUCGCAUUACUUAAAUCAAAUAUUUUCAUUGCAACCUAUAAAAUCGGUCAAUCCAAAUUCAUUGAAAGUGUUUUGUGACACUUUACAGGCUAAUGUUAACUGUUUGAAUAAACUGGAAAUCCCGGAUUUGGGACAAUUCACACUAUUGUUCUGGAGCUUGAGACUUCUCGAUCCGCAUACCCGUCGAGAUUUUGAAACAAAAUUUUUGAAUACAGAUUUUCCUAAAUUCACUGAACUUAUUAAGUUUCUCAGAGAUCGGUGCGCUGUUAAUGACUUGAGUUCAGAUACACUCAAGCCCAAAAUUCAAGGUCACUCUUCAGUGGCUAUUAAUAAUAAAAAGGUUUUGGUUACCACACGUGAAGAAUCUAUUUUCACCUCAAAUGAUCAAAAGGAUUCAGUGUGUCCAUGUUGUGAGGGUCCACAUAAGUUCGCCCAAUGUCCGGAAUUUUUGCAUUCUUCGGUUGAAAAACGUAAAAGAUUCAUACAAUUACAUAGAAGAUGUUAUUCAUGCCUUGGUCGUCAUUCGAUCGCUAACUGUAAUUCUAAGAAUUGCUGUCGCAAAUGCGGAAGUAGGAAGCACAAUACUUUGAUAUGUUUUCAGCGGUCGAAUAUCGAGGGAGCUACAGUUUCCGAUAAUAGUUCGCGAGGUAAAACAUCGGUUGAUUCUACUCCUGCGGUUCAAAAAAUUGAUAUGCCUUCCACGUCAAAGGGUUCAAAAAUUGUAAACACUUGUUCAUGUUCGGCGGUGGAUACCACUUGUCUUCUGGGAACGGCGCGCGCUAGAGUUCGAGAUAUAAACGGGUUAUGGCAAACUUGUAGGUUGGUGUUGGAUUCUGGUAGUCAGAUGAAUUUGGUCACAUCGAACUUUGCAUUACGGCUCGGUGUUCCGAAAAGGAAGUGUAAACUUCAGAUUUCUGGGGUGGGUAAUAAUCAGCUCUCUUCAGUUCGCGGUUUGAUUUCUUGCUCAUUGACGUCAGUGUUCAAUGAAGAACAACUAGUUUGUUUCGAAGCGGCUAUUGUGGAUGAAAUAACUUCGAACCUGCCGACAGGAAAUCUCCCCCCUACAAUAAAAGAAAACUUCUCAGAUCUACCACUCGCCGAUCCUGAAUUUUAUCGCCCUGCGUCGGUUGAUAUUCUACUAGGGGUUCAAUCAUACUUGGAUGUAUUGACGGACGAACCGCAACAUAUAAUAGGGAAUCCAUCUGCUAUUUCUACGCGAUUGGGAUGGGUAGUAAUGGGGAGUGUACCAUCGACGGUUUCUCAAAUUGCCAGUUCACUAUUUACAAUUUCGGAGGAAGAGUCACUAAAUAACACCUUAAAAAUGUUUUGGGAAUCUGAAGAUGUUUCGAUUCCGGGGGUGGGUCAGUCACCGGAGGAUAAUUUUUGCGAAGAAUAUUUCUGCUCUACGGUCUCACGAGAUUUAAAGGGGCGGUACAUCACCAGACUUCCCUUCAAAAAUCGUUCUCGUCCUGUUUUAGGCUCAAAUCGGCAGCGAUCACUGGCGCGGUUUCAUAAACUGGAAUGUAGGUUCAAACGCGAUCCGGAAUAUUAUAAGUUAUAUAAGGAAAAUUUGAGUGACUAUGUAGAACAGGGACAUAUGGUUCCAGCUCCUCGAAAAUCCGACUAUGUAAUGACACAUCACGGGGUUCUGAAGUCAUCGACCGAAAAAUCUAAAUUAAGGGUGGUAUUUUCUCCAGCGGAAAAAACUUCAUUAGGGGUCAGUUUGAAUGAAACCUUGUGUACCGGUCCAAAAUUACAGAGCGACAUUGGUCAAAUAGUUACUCAAUUUCGGCUUUUUCCUAUCGCUGUAACGUGCGAUAUUAAACAAAUGUAUCGAGCCAUCUGGCUCCACCCGGAAGAUUGCGAGUACCAACACAUUUUCUGGCGGUUUUCUUUCGACGAUCCGAUCAUGGAAUGGGAAUUACGCACGGUGACAUUUGGCAUAUCGAGUAGUCCGUUUUUAGCUCAACGAACUGUCAAACAACUCAUAUUAGAUGAAGGUGCGAAAUUUCCGCGAGCGGCACAGAUACUGGAAUCCAGUCGAUUUAUGGAUGAUAUUCUCUUCGGUGCUUUCAGUACAACCGAGGCUAACGAAUUGUGUCAGGAUUUGGUGGCUCUACUCCGGUUGGGCGGUUUUGAACUAGGAAAAUGGGCAAGUUCAUGUCCUUCAGUAUGCAAUGAUUGCGCGAUGGAAUCGAAAGAUCUGUCUGUUAUCGGUACUUCUUCAAUUAAAGUAUUGGGUUUAAUAUGGGAUCCUAUACAAGAUGAAUUUCGCUUCAAGGUGGAUGAUAACCCGACAACUCUUACUAAACGCGGCAUUUUAUCACGUGUUGCUCGGGUGUAUGAUUACAAUGGGUAUUUAUCUCCGGUAACCUUCGCUAUGAAGGUGAUUCUUCAAAGACUUUGGCUGAUUAAGGCGGACUGGGAUGAACUGUUACCUUCUGAUGUACUUGAGCUAUGGACCCCUCUUGAGAAGGAGUUCAAGAUGUUAGAAAAUGUUUCUAUUCCUCGGUGCGUAGUUCCGAGUACCCCGUCUAAGGUACAAAUCAUCGGUUUUUGCGAUGCUAGUAUAUUAGGCAUGGCGGCAGUUGUAUACCUGCGUGUGGAGACUGAACACGGCAUUGUUUGCAACUUACUACGCUCGAAAACUAAGGUUGCCCCACUCAAGGGUUGGACGAUAAAUCGUCUCGAGUUGGGAUCUGCUGUCUUACUUACUAAACUUAUUCGCUUGCUACACCCGCUCCCUCUGACUCUUCCAAAUUUGGAAAUAAUUUGUUUUUCGGAUUCAACGAACACCCUCGCGUGGAUUAAAACUCCUCCUUAUAAGUUAAAGACAUUCGUGUCGAAUAGAGUUGUACAAAUUUCCGAAGCAUGCCCUAAUGCGGUUUGGAAACACAUUCCUGGAGAACUCAAUGCCGCUGACUCUGCUAGUCGUGGACUAAAACCAUCUCAGUUUUUAAAUAACCAGACUUGGUGGACCGGGCCACCUUUCCUGGUAACUCCGGUUAGUUCGUGGCCUAAAGGGACCACUAUUGUAGAUAAUGAUCUCCCGGAAACGAAGGUUAUACCUCCAGUUUCGUAUGUGACCACAGUCGAGAAGAAUUAUAUGUUAACCUUUUUGGAACGUUUUUCUUCGUUAUUACGUGCGCAGAGAGUGUUUUCUUAUAUAUAUCGGUUCUUGCAUAAGUUGAAAACCAGAGUUUCCAAGUCACAUUCCUCUUUUGAAAUGACGGGAAGUAUUUCGGCAUCAGAGUAUCAAAAUAGUUUGAAGUUUUUCAUUUACAUCACUCAGGAUUAUUACUUGGGCGCCGAAAUUAUUUCUUUAAAGGCGGGAAAAUUAUGUUCACCGAAAUUACGUGCACUCUCCCCGUUUUUGGAUUCCUCGGGUUUUUUGCUGGUGGGGGGCAGGUUAGAUAGAGCAAGUCUUCCCUAUCACACGAGGCAUCCGUACUUUGUUCCUCGGGACUCUCAUUUGGCUAGGCUAUUAUGCGAUCACUAUCACCUUUUUUCCGGUCAUGGUGGUCCAAAGUUGGUUCAGUCUCUCUUACAGCGAGAAUAUUACAUUCCUUCGGCGAGAAGUCUCAUUCGUAAUAGGAUUUUUCACUGCUUGCCAUGUUAUAGGUUUCAAGCGGCUCCGUUACAACCCCCAAUGGCUGAUCUUCCCUCAUCGCGUGUUACACCUUCAAGAUGUUUCACGCAAUGUGGGGUGGAUGUGGGUGGUCCUUUUCUUACGAAAUAUACCACCAGAAGAAAUGCUAAAACGGAAAAAACAUACAUAGUUUUGUUUGUUUGCUUCGCCACGCGCGCAGUUCACGUUGAGGUGGUGGUAAGUUUGUCCACGGCCGCCUUUUUAGCUGCAUUUGACCGAUUUAUCGCUCGUAGGGGUAUCCCUUCAUGUAUCUAUUCUGACCAGGGACGAAACUUCCGUGGCGCAGCACGAGAGAUUUCAGAGCUGACGCAGUUUCUUCAAUCGGGAAAUGAGGAAAUAAAAAAUCAUUUAGCGCCCAGAGCAAUACGAUGGGUCUUCAAUCCACCUUACGCUCCGAACUUCGGUGGCAUAUGGGAGGCCGGAAUAAAAUCGGUGAAGCAUCACCUGAAGCGAUUGAUUGGUUCUCAGAUUCUUACGCUGGAAGAGUUUCAAACAGUUUGUACUCGCGUUGAAGCAAUUUUGAAUUCUCGCCCUCUCGGAGUGCUUUCUAGUUCACCUAAUGACAUUCAAACGCUCACUCCGGGGCAUUUUUUAAUUGGUACGGAACUUCUGUCUCGCCCAGAAGUAGAUUUAACAGAGGUGCCGAUGAACCUCUUGGAUAGGUGGCAACUAACGCAGCGGAUCGUUCAGGGAUUUUGGAAACGAUGGGGUCCAGAGUGCGUCGAGGAAAAUCUUAAGCGCAAAAAAUGGACAACCCCAUCUCCCCCGUUGAAAGUGGGCGAUGUCGUGCUUUGGUUUGAGCCUGGUCAUCCACCAGCUGAAUGGCCAAUAGGUAUCAUUCAGGAGCUAAUUUUGGGCAGGGAUAACAUUCCACGAGUGCUAAAAAUUCGUUCUAGUAAAGGUACGGUCACCAGACCGACUAAUAAGGUUAUUUUACUCCCGGCAAAUAUCUAG